AUGUCCCAAAUCCUUCGUGCAUCUCGUGUCUGGUCCAAAACGAUCAAAUAUCCGAAAGCAACACGCUCCUUCCACUCUCCGUUCGCCGUGCUCGGUACCACACAUUCUACUCCCUCAUCAACCGCUUCAAGUGUCAAUGUGUACGAGAAACAGGUAGAUUUCAGUCCUGAACCUGUUCCCUAUAAUGGAGGGCAAAGAACCUACGUCGUCUCUGAACCUGACCCUGCCAAUACUCAUUACCAAGUCCCCGCUGGUGCAUAUCCCACAAGCCUCCCGUAUGUAAACUUCCCAGCAACGGAGGCACCCAAUCAAGAAGGCCAAAGCAGCUCUACCAGCUCGUCUUUAGCACAUCCUGUGCUAACUCAGGCUGCAGCUCACAAUCAAAGCGGCGUCGGUGAAAGCUCUGCAGUCAGGCAUGCUACGGCGCCUGGUUCGAUGGGUCAGAGGGGAGGUAGUCAUGGUGGGCUCGGUUUGUCAGAUCAGCCGAGUACGCACGCGGGUCAAGGUUCCCUUGCCGACAGGAAUCCUCCACCUAUAGAAAGUGACGUUGUCGAGAAGUUUUCUAAAAUGAGCGUAAAAGAUGCUUGGAAGGCCAGGAAGUAA